UAUACUUUGAAGCUCUUAAUGAUCCUGACUAGAAUCUGUUGUAACGCCUCGCAUGGUGAAAGGUGGAGGCUUAUUGUUGCAUUUAUGAAGUGUAUCCAGGUCCAGAUUUAGUUUUGGUAUUUUCAUUCAACUAAGUCUUUCAACUAAUUCAACUUCUAAUUAUUAAGCAUUGAUUUUAUCAAUCAUGAAUGGAAAAGAGGAUUUUCAGAUGGAAAAUACCAAAGAAACAGAGAAGUCUUCAGCUGAUACCGGUGUUUCGCUAUUGGACAGCAAUGAUACAUGCCUGGUGAAUCUGUCAGAGAAGAUGCAUUGUUACGAUGAACUCAGCCAAGGUAACAAAAGAAAGGAAAGAGCGACUGCAGAUAUUGUAAAACAUCGAGAGAAGGAUCAUGGCAGUGAUUUAGAAGACCAAAAGAUGCCAACACUCAUUUGUGCAGAUGAUCUACAAAACAAAACUUUAGAAGCUAUUCCAAAUAUGGAAGAAGCCAACAAAGAAAAAAAGGAACCAGCAGAGAUAAAGAAGGCUGGAGAAGGUAGCCACAAAGAGAAGCCAGGACUUGUUUGUACGGAUGAGGAACUAGAAAAGUGGUCCACUCAACCUGUUACCAAUUUGGAUGCUUUUGUGGAAUAUGAAUUCGAGGAGCGAGACUUUAAGCCUUUGGAGAGCGUUGGGGAGUGUGAGGGUUAUUAUAAUGAGGUUCCACUGAGUCCGCAAGAGUCCUCAAACAUGGUUGUUGUUGGUCAGCUUCAAGUGCAGAGGACAGAUAUAACGUUGGAUGAAGAAGUGAUGCAGGAGGAUGGAAUGAGCCUCUCUGAUCUCGAAUCUGAUCUGCACGAAGAAGGACAGGGUUGUACAUCUGAUUUGGACAAGGAUCCGAAUCAGGAGCUUUUCGAUGACAUCCUCAGCGACCUCGCCAAAGAGCUUAAACCUUAAAAAUGCAAACAUCCUCGCUCAUUGCUCUGUCUGUCUCAUGUUCGCUCUCUGUUUUUGUACUUUGUUUGACCUUCUCUGUGUGUUCUUCAGCUGUCGUCUUCUUCAUAUGUUUUCAGUCAUUAAAUUGGCUUUGCCGGUUUCCAAUAAAACUCCUCCUUAUAUUUGCUAAUCAUCAAAACACCG